AAGACGAUCCGCUCUCAGAAGAUCUCCAUACCUUCGCCUACAGACCCUACGUCUGCAGCAGCCGUCUCGUUCUCCAGAGACAUUGCUACCGAGUCGAUACCUCCCGUACCACGAAGUCACACCCCCGGUCGCCUCGCAUCCAGGAGCUCGACUUCGAGACGAAAACCCUCCACAUCCGACCUGUCCAUCAGGCAGAGGGCAGCAUCGGCUGUGGCCAACAACAAUAAUAACCCUCCUCCUCAUUCUUCCUCCUCGCAGACGAGUUCCCCCAAGGGCGCUCCGCCCGUGAGCGCCAGGCAUGCAAACGUACGAGAGAACGGCGAACUGGGUGCGGACGCUUCUCACAGGCCCGCUUCGUCAUCAGGGCAGGAUAGGGAUGGGCCCGGUGGCCGCCGGCCUCCAGCACUACGAUCGACCUCGGCCAUAGCGGGCAAACCUGGCACCGUGCCCGGUGGGCCAGCAGUCAUCUCGACACACCGUUCCUCUGCCGGCCGAUCCACAAAGCGCUCCUCUGCCACCGCCUCCUCCGCCUACACGCCCUUCCCGCCGCUCGCCUCUCCCAAUUCCGGACCUGACGUGGCUCCUGCGCCAUCAUCAGGCAUGUACUGGUCGCGGGCGCUCGUGUCGGGCCAGGGUCACCCCUCGCUUCGUGCCCACACCUCCACCAUCAUCGGCUCUAACGUCUAUGUGUUUGGCGGCUGUGACAGCCGGUCCUGCUUCAACGACCUGUAUGUCCUCGACGCCGACGCCUUUCACUGGUCACGGCCCUACGUGUCUGGCGAGAUCCCCGUGCCCCUGCGCGCCAUGACAUGCACGGCGGUCGGCAAGAAGCUGGUCAUCUUUGGUGGCGGCGACGGGCCUGCCUACUACAAUGACGUCUACGUGCUGGACACGGUCAAUUUCCGCUGGACCCGGCCGCGUAUUGUCGGCGACCGCGUCCCUUCUAAGAGGAGAGCCCACACGGCGUGUCUUUACAAGAACGGCAUCUACGUUUUUGGCGGUGGGGAUGGGGUGCGGGCGCUGAACGACGUCUGGCGGCUGGAUGUGAGCGACCUGACCAAAAUGAGCUGGAAGCUCAUCUCCAGCCCGACUGAGGGCAACCCAACACCGUCCCCCAGCAGGACCGCUGCUGCCGGUAAAGAUCUGCGGCCCAAGGCGAGGGGGUACCAUACGGCUAACAUUGUCGACGGGAAGCUCAUCAUCUUUGGCGGCUCCGACGGCGGCGAGUGCUUCAACGACGUGUGGGUCUACGACAUUGAAACCCACGUCUGGAAGGCGGCGCCCGUGUCCGGGACAUUCCGGCGGCUGUCCCAUACGGCGACCAUUGUUGGGUCUUAUCUCUUUGUCAUUGGCGGUCACGACGGCAGCGAAUACUCCAACGACGUCCUGCUUCUCAACCUGGUCCAGAUGACCUGGGACAAGCGCAAGGCCUACGGCAUCCCGCCGAGCGGGAGGGGCUAUCACGGCACCGUCCUGCACGACAGCCGCCUGCUGACCAUAGGCGGCUUUGACGGUGGCGAGGUCUUUGGCGACGUCUGGGUGUUGGAGAUGGCAGUGCACGCCUACUACUCGCAGAUCAGCCAUUUCCAAAUCGACGUCUAAGGGGGUGGUUUCUUCGCCUGAAGGCUGGUAGUAUGGAUGGAGAAAAGAAAGGAUGGAAGGAGAGAGGGAGAGAGAUAUAGAGAAGGAGGACUAACCAUAACGACUUGAUGGACUGUGACAAGCGAUGCUGAGCGCAUAUUGCUGUUGAUACCCGCUCCCUUGCUUUGUACCAUGUUAACGUGUUACUACGGUCCGGAGAUAUCUUGUUUUAUAUAUAUGUUGUGUACGACUGUAUAGUACGGCGCUAGACGGCGUUGAUGUGAAAACUAGGGCAGCGGAGGUCAAGAGAAAGGCGAGAGAAAGGGAAAGGGGGGUUGAAUAUAAAGGGCACGGGUUUCCUCUGGCUUAGAAGAGAAUUUUAUUAUGAACGUAUGAUCUAUCUAGCACUGUAUCAUC